AUGGUGGCCAUGUUUGAUGCCAUGUUGCCUCUUCCCUCUCUGCAGUCACAGCAUCAGCUGCUUCCGCAUCUCCAGCCUCAUCUUCUGCCCUUGCCCCACUGUCCCCACGGCCCACUCCAGCCCUUGCAUGCCAGUGCGGCACCUGGCCAGCGGAAGCUGCUUGCCCCCAUACCCCCUGCAUCCCCCCACCACCAGCUGCAGCGGUCUGUGAGGGGUACGCUGAGACCCCUGAGCGCUCAGCAGAAGGAGCGCCAGACCAACAGGAAAAUCCUGCAGGAGGUCCUGGAACUGGCCGAGGAGAUUGUCCUUCAGGAGGAGCACGCCGCUCUCAAUGAUGCCAGGGCCUUGGCCCAAACAGGCAGCUCUGUGGGCAGCUUCAGGCCCGUGGCUCGCAGGACCCCGUUGGCACCCAGUACUCUGCCCCUCAUCAAUUCCCCAAUUGCUCCUGCUGUCCCCGCCCCCCCAAAGACAACCAGACAGUUCCAGAGUAGACUACCCCGUCUCAAGAAGACAAUGUCACUCAAUGUGGUCACUGAGACAGAGCAAAAGGCCGUUGAGUCUGGGACAGGGAGGAAGGAGGAGACAAGGGAGCGUAAGGAGGUGAUGAAGAGGAAAGGGAAAGAGGAGAGGCACACCAACAAGACCCAGCUGGCCAAGAAUCUCCCAGAGUUGACCAGACUACGCCCUCUGUCCUGUCCCGAGGAGGCCCUCCUGCAGGCCUUUAGAGUGCUCAGCGACGAUGACUGGGAGAAGAAGAUCAAGGCCCUGAUCUCCAUCAGGUCUCUGGCUCAGCACCACUCUGAAGUGCUGCUGCCCAGGCUGCAUGACGUCUGUCUGGCCGUCAAUAAAGAGGUGAGGCACCUGCGCUCUGCCGUAUCCUGUGCUGCCAUGGUGACGCUGGCCCACCUGUUUGCUCACCUGGGGCAGGACAUGGAUGCAGAGGCCGAGGGUGCAGCCCGAACACUGCUGCCGAAGGCUGGAGAGUCCGGCAGCUUUGUAAAGGACAUGGACCUGGCCCUGGGGUACAUGGUGUAUAGCAUCACCCCCAUCCGCAGCAUGAACGCUCUGAUCAACGGAGGACUCAGCCACAAACAUACAGCCGUGAGGAAGAGCACUGCACGGCACCUGGAGAAAGUGACAGAGGUCAUGGGGGCAGCUUAUCUCCUGUCUGGUAAAAAGGACCCGAGUCUGACUGCCCGCUUCAUCCAAGUUGCCAGCUGCCUUGCCCUUGACCACGCACUGGAAGUCAGGAAUCAGGCCCGUAACAUUCUCUCUGUAGUGGCCUCCCAUCCCGACCUCAUCAAGAUGGUGGAGAGGUUUGCCCCUCUGAGCGAUCAAAUCCGCAUCAAGGACUUCAUCAACACAUGCCAGUAA